CAAUAUACCAAAUAACCUCUUACUCUCGUCAAUGAAAAUAAAAAUAUGACUUUAUUGCUAGUACCUACUAAUAAUAUAAGUUUUUAUUGCUGAAAGCAUUGACGGCUUAGAGCUUAAGUGUCUACCGUUGCAAAUCAUAAAUUCAAACAUACCUACUGAAAAUUUUUAGCUGUAAUGUCGCAAAGAGAUUUGGCUGAAUUCUAAGGAUUCUUGUCUUCAUUCGCUUUGUGCUAUCUAUGGGUUCACUAAUGACAAAUUUUCCUUGGAAAUGGGAGGAUAUAUGUGGACCUGAAGGAUUACAACCAUGGAACGAAGAAUCGAAAGAUUUUGGGCGGUGUUUUCAGGAACUUUUUUUGCAAAUACCAGUAUUGUUUUUAUUAGCUACUAUAUCUGGAUUUUAUAUUGGAUAUCGAAGAGAUUGGGUGGUUCGAGAAAAGACUCAAGAACGUGCUAUAGUAUUACGCAGUUUUGUCGCUCUGGCAUUAGCUUUCAUUCCCAUUGUUGAACUUUAUAUGUUUAUAACUGAAAAAGAUUUUGUUUUAUACCCUGUUGAAUAUUUUGUUGCUGGAACGUCAUGCUUAUCAUGGCUGGUGCAUUUCGGAUAUGUUCUUGCCUUGAAACAUCGCCUUGGUCUGAGUUCCCGAGGCCCGACAGUGAUGAUUAUAUUGUGGAGUUUGGCGGCAAUUCUAAAUAUCAUAGCCUUACGUACCAAUGUGCUGACUAUGACAUCAAUGAAUUUCAAUAUUGCUUUACUCUGUUUCCAUUCUGUCUAUCUAAUAACAUUGUUACCUUCAAGUGAUUCAAGGCCUACAUACUAUUCACCAUGUCUUGUUGGCAGUCAACACUCACAUAGUGAGUAUACUCCCCUCCUUCCACAUAUGGAUGAAGGUAUCCUAGGAACGGCACUGCAAGGUGCUGGCUGCUUUUCCCAAACCACCUUUUCAUGGGUUUAUCCACUACUUUUGAAAGGCUGGGAAAAUAAAUUGCGCGACCCUGAAGAGCUUUUUGACAUCCCUGGAAAAUAUAGAUGUUCUUAUGUUGGAGCAAAGAUGGAUAAAGCUUUAGUAGGCAAUAUAGACCAUUAUCAAUUCACAGAAGUUCCCCAUGAACCCUUUAUAGCAUCUGGUUAUGGCUCGGUGGGCCAGACAGCACCUCAAGCGUCUACCCCGGUGACGCCUACAUCCCGGGUGUUGGUGCGACCGAUUCGACGGCAGAAUGUGACGUUGCUACGAGCUUUGCACACCUGUUUUGGGUUGCAGUUCUAUAGCAUCGGCAUUUUGAAACUAGUGUCCGACAUGGCAGGAUUUGCUGGGCCCUUGCUGCUCAAUUAUUUGAUUGCCUUCGUUGACGACGAAAGCAUUGAUGCACAUUUAGGAUAUUUAUACGCGUCAGGUCUAUUAGCGGCAACGCUCGUAUCUGCCUUCUUUAAUGUCCACUUCAACUGGUUGAUGUCUCUAGUAGGCCUGAAGAUGCGAGGUGCUAUUGUCGCCACCAUACUCCGAAAGACUCUUAGCGUCACUUCUACAGAACUCUCGAAGUCUUUUACAAUCGGCGAAGUCACCAAUUUUAUGUCCACUGACACGGACAGGAUUGUUAACUCGUGCCCUAGUUUUCAUGCCUUAUGGAGCAUACCACUUCAGCUAGUCAUCACAUUGUUCCUACUUUACCAUCAAGUGGGAAUAUCUUUUCUCGCCGGCGUUGGUUUCUCCGUAGUACUGAUUCCCAUCAAUAAAGUAAUCGCCAACAAAAUAGGCCAGUUGAGCACAGAAAUGAUGCGACAUAAAGACGCCCGCGUCGCGCUUAUGAGCGACCUGCUCAAGGGUAUUAGGACCAUCAAAAUGCAUGUUUGGGAGGACUACUUUAUAAAUAAAGUGAAUGAGGCGCGCAGUCGAGAAUUACGCUACCUGCGCGGGCGCAAGUACUUAGACGCGAUCUGCGUGGUGCUGUGGGCCACCACGCCCGUGCUCGUAGCGGCGCUCACGCUGGGCACGCACGCGAUGAGGGGGCAGCCACUCGAUGCGCCCACUGUAUUUACUACCAUAGCUUUAAUCAAUAUGUUAAUCGCGCCACUGAAUGCCUUCCCUUGGGUGCUAAAUGGGCUCACAGAAGCCUGGGUCUCCAUAAAAAGAAUUCAGAAGUAUCUUGACCUACCCGAUAUGGACUCAGAAAGAUACUAUGACAGACUAAAUACAAAUGAAGACGAAGACAAGAUGAUUAUAUUAAAAAACGCGACGUUCGCGUGGUCCAAACCCAGCAUUGUCAAAAGACCGUUUCCAAAAUCAAAAAAGAAUAAAGGGAAAUCUAAGAAGUCCGCAGCGAGUAUACAUGGGCAAGAGUCUUCGUCAUCAAGCGAUAUUAUUCAACAGGAAGAGCUGUUUUCGCUUCAAGAUAUAAAUUUAGAAAUCGGGAGGGAACAAUUGAUAGGAGUUGCGGGUAGCGUCGGCAGUGGGAAAACCUCGCUUUUAUUGGCUAUAAUCGGCGAGAUGAACAAAGAAUACGGGGAUAUUCAGAUACCGGAAAGCUUGAACAGUUUCGGCUACGUGCCUCAGACACCGUGGCUGACUCGCGGCACCAUUCGGGACAAUAUUCUCUUUGGAAAACCCUAUGACGAGGCUAAAUUCAAAGUUGUCGUCGACGCCUGCGCACUUACUGAGGACCUGAACGUUUUGGGCUGGAACGCAUUCGUGGGCGAGGGCGGCUGCACGCUCAGCGGCGGACAGCGCGCGCGCAUCGCGCUCGCACGCGCCGUCUACCAGGACAAGAAGGUGUACCUCCUGGACGACGUGCUGUCGGGGCUGGACGGGGAGGUGGCGGCGCACGUGCUGCAGCGCUGCAUCCUGGGGCUGCUGCGGCACAGCACGCGCGUGCUGGUGUCGCACUCGGCCCGCCAGCUGGCGCGCGCGCACCACGUCGUGCUGCUGCGCGCCGGCCAAGUGCUGCGGCAGGGACCCCCAGACAUGGUAUUGCACGACGUGGAAGACAUACUCCCGAGCGAGACGGAGAGCAUCGGCGAGGAGCCCCCGCCACCCUGUCUGGAUAAUAAGGAGGAUACCGUCAGCAGAAAUAGUCUGGAUGACGACGAAGCGAUGUCUCAAGGAACCGUCGGCUGGUGGGUGAUUGGAUUAUACUUACGAUCGGUUGGAGCAUUCCUCUCUCUCAUUAUCUUGUUGUCUUUAUUACUCAUGCAAGUUUCACAAAACUUCACAUUCGUCUGGUUAACCUUCUGGCUGAGAAGCAGAAAGAAUACAACUACCGUCACUAAUAAUUUGGAAUUUAGUGAUGUGCAUGAGAAUAACACCUUACUGGAUCAUGCAUUUAUUGGUGUCGAUGGUUUAAUACACAAAAUUGUGAAUGCCUCUAUAUCUCUGAUUAAUGGCGACGAUAUACUCUCUCAAAAUUCAAAUAUUAAUACAACAAGUGUAAUUAGAAAUGAGAUGGAACCACUUGGUCUGAACGCAACACCGAUAUACAAUGACAACUUUUAUUUAGAGAUGUAUUUCGUACUGGCAGCCUUGAACCUAGUAUUCACUAUAAUGAGAGCGUUUCUGUUUGCGUAUGGGGGAGUAGAAGCUGCCACGAAGAUACACAAAGUUUUAUUGAAAGUUAUUGUAAGGGCGAAAGUGAAAUUUUUCGACAUGACGCCGCUCGGGCGCAUUCUUAACAGGUUUUCGUCGGACACGUACACUGUGGACGAUUCCUUACCUUUCAUACUCAACAUAUUGCUUGCUCAAGUUUUCUCAUUGAUUGGCGCCAUUGUAGUGACAGUAUACGGUCUCCCGUGGCUCGUAGCGGCCAUAUUGCCCGUCGCGAUCGUGUACUACCGCCUGCAGCGCCUCUACCGCCCUACUUCGAGGCAGCUCAAGCGGCUGCAGAGCGUCACUCUCUCCCCCGUGUAUACACACUUCAACGACACUCUCGAAGGUCUAACGAUAGUCCGAGCGAUGGGUUCAUCUCCCCGCUGGCUGGAGACGGGCGAGGAGUUCGUGGAGAACUGGCAGCGGGCGGCGCUGUGCUCGGCCGGCGCGCAGCAGUGGCUGGCGCUGCGACUGCAGGCCACCGCUGCGGCCGUCGUGGCCGCCAGCGCCGCCGUCGCGGUGCUGCAGCGCGGCGCGCACCUACAGGACGCAGGUAUACCGCUCUGCUGUGAGACCUGGCAGCAGUGGCUGGCGCUGCGACUGCAGGCCACCGCUGCGGCCGUCGUGGCCGCCAGCGCCGCCGUCGCGGUGCUGCAGCGCGGCGCGCACCUACAGGACGCAGGUCUUGUGGGGCUCGCGAUAUCAUACGCGUUGUCAAUGACGUCGAUGUUGAGCAACGUGCUCAGCGCCUUCACUGAAACAGAACGAGAGAUGAUCGCCGUGGAGCGAGUCGGGGAGUACAUAACACAGGUUGAAUCUGAAAAGAUGGACGGAGUCUCCCCGCCUUAUGGUUGGCCUUCGCAAGGUGUGAUAGAAUUCGAAGAUGUUUAUGUUAAGUAUAGCGAAUCGCCCAACGCAAACAUGGCGUUGCAAGGCGUUACGUUCUCAAGUUGGCCGGGCGAGCGGCUGGCUGUGGUGGGGCGCACUGGAGCGGGCAAGAGCUCACUGUUGUCGGCCACCCUGCUCCUCGUGCCUGUUCACACUGGCCGCGUGCGCGUCGACGGCGUUGAUGUUAACACGCUGCAGCUGCAAGCACUCAGAUCUCGCAUCGGCGUGAUACCUCAAGAGCCGUUCAUAUUCGGCGGCAGUAUCCGUGAGAACGUGGACCCGCUUCGCUUGCACGCGGAUCCUGAUGUGUGGCGCGCGAUAGACAGCUGCGGGGCGAGGGAGAUAGUGCGCGCGCGCGGGGGACUGGCUGCGGACGCGAGGGGCGUGGGGAGGGGGGGAGGGCAGCUGCUGUGUCUGGCGAGAGCCGUGCUGCAGCGACCUAAGAUUCUUUUAGUAGACGAGUGCACUGCCAAUUUGGACCAGGAGACUGAGCGUUUAAUCCUAGACACGCUUCGAAGCGCGUUCGGCGGCUGCACGGUUGUGUUCGUAGCACAUCGUCUCACCGGCGUAUUGGAGUCAUCGCGAGUACUCUGCCUCUCGCAAGGGAAGGUCAUUGACCUCCGACCGCCUGACCAAGCGCUUGCUGACCCAACCUCAUAUCUAUACGGCUUGAUCAAUAACACCUAGUGAUGUAAAGUUGCUCUCAUAGAUAUUCUAAUCAAAGAAACAAAAAACGUGCGAUUUUUUCGUUGUGGCAAUGAAAGGUAAAGUUCUGCACCAGUUCAAUGAUAUAAAUAGUUUUAGUAGUUGUUUUCUUUGCUGUAUCUUGUCACUAGGCGAAUAAACUUCGUUUGUUCCAUUCCAUACACGCCAAGUUAUACCUAAGAAUGUUGUUUGUUCCGCAUCAAAUAUGUGCCGAAUAAAAAAUCAUGAGGCUUAUCCAUUUAAACUUUUUGUGGUGAUAUUAUUGUAUUAUUUUGUCGUCCAGUGUAUAUGUGUAGUUAUUUUUCUGUUCUUUUUCCUAAUUCUCCAUGGAAACACGUUUCCCUCUUAUUUCUUUUAAAUUAUUAUUAAAAUAUACUUACGAUAGCAAUAAAAAAUUGUCUCUUCCAGUUAUUAUAAAGAUUGCAUGUCAUAUUGACUGAAAUACACUAGGAGACUGUAUAUAAUAUGCUAUGCAAGAUAAGUUUAGUAGUACGUCUUUAAAUGACAAAUUAAUAUUGAUUCGUUGUUUAAUGAGUGAAUUUUAUUUUAAGUAAUAAGUUGUUGAUAAGAGAGUUCAGACUGAUCAAAAGGUCUAGUCGCUGCUAGAGUACUACAGUCUAUUGUUUUCCUUGUUUAAAAUUUUAUCUAUUGACAAGACGCUAUGCAUUCCAGAAGUCAAUAUCUUGUAAGUAGCUGUAAUUAUUCGAUUUUGUAGUAUUACGAUCUCCGAAUCGUUGAAUUAAAAUAACCAAUUUGUAAAAACAUAUUAAGCAAGAGCCUUUUAUGGUAUUGUUAGAAAUAUAUAUUAAUAUUGCGUUGAUUAAUAGCAUUGUACGAGAGUUGCUAAUUUACAAUUUGUGCUACUUGUGGUUUUCUCAGUGACACCGUAAAGAACAUUAAAAACUUUAUGACUACAACUUUUUACGAAUCGGUCAUUUGUUCAAGUUAAAAAAAUACGUUUUCAGUAUUGAUCGGUUCACUCAGUUAUUAGCAAACUUAUGUAUGUAGUUUGAUGUGAAUUAGAAGCAUUUUUAAAUAUUUCACUUCAUGACAAUGAAGUUUACAACGAUAAGAAAUCAGUAAAUUUCAAAUAACUCUGCAAUGGUGAAACCCUGUGAUGGUUUAUUCGACCAGUUCAAACUUGUAGGAAACCUUUUUUGUGAAAAGCUUGUUAAAAGAGGUUUAUAUUUAAUCUACUAGCAACUAGGUAAUUAAUAAAAGAUUUCUAACGCAGCAUUAUGAACUAUAUGUAACUUUUUUAUCAUGAACUCCGAGAUGAAGUUCAAAGAGUGACUUUACAUAAAUUUAAUUUUCUUGUAAAUAAAUUAUAUUAUGUAUAUUGCUAAUGAAUUAGAAAUAAACCUCUAUUAGUAUAAAAUAAAAAGAAAACUUGUGAUAUGAGCCUGUAUUUUAAUAUAAAUAUUUUGAAUAAAAUACAUAUAAUAAAAUGCUCGUUUCAUUAGCUCAUAGACGAGAGUAGUAUUUAUUAAGAAGAGUCAUAGACAAUUUCUUUAUAUCGUUAUAAUUUUGAU